AAGACUCAACACACAUGCUAAAUACUGGAAGACGAUUAUGACUUGGAAGAAAACUCAAGAGUGGCAAUCUGAUAUGCAGAGCAAGUCAGUAUGAAAAAUGUCCUGUCUUCGUCUACAACUAAGCAAUAACUAAGCGCUGGUGAAUUCACGUUCAACCAAGUUCUAUGUUGUAAUGUGUUCAGCUUUAUUUGUUUUUGAAAAUGCACAGCCCACUUUUUCAUGCCAGUUACAGAAUGCUCAAAGCAAAUAACAAUUAUCAAGUUCAGAAUGAUACAGUCAUAUCAACAACAAAAUCAUAUAGCAAGAUGAGCAGCAGAAGUAAAACACAAACAUUUCCAGGAAGGCUUCGCUUCCAGACAGCUUUAAAGCCUGCUGGAAAAGAAAUGCGGCAGAAUGCCAGGAUGGAGUUCCUCAUGAGAUAAGGAGUUCCACAGACUGCAAUGAUCCACAGACUGCAAAGUUCCAUAGACUGCAAAACAAACACCAAUGGAAAUAUACAGCAUCCUGGAAGGUGAAUUAAUUGGGAGCAAUUUUGGCCUAAGACUGAAAUAUGGAUCAGGAAGUACCCAAUUCAAAAUCUCUCUUUCAUUACCUCACUUGGUGGUCUUAGGUAAAUUGUUCUUUGUUUCAACCUCCGCCAUCUGCAAUAUGGUGAUAUUUAUGCCAACCUAUCUCACAAGAGUUGUGGUAAGGGUAUUCUAAGAAUUGUGAUUAUUAAAUAUAUCACUCGCUUUAGAACUUCUACCAGUAACACUGUUCAUUCUUAUGAGAGAAGUCUACAUGGUUCUUCUUCACAUUCGAGUCACCCUCCUGAAAGAAACAGCUGGAAUGGGGAACAAUGUUCACAUCAUUUCUUUCCACCUGGUCUGGUGCAUCUCACAUUAUCUAGUGGCACAGGAAGCAACUACAUCUGGGCAAUAAAUGCAGGGGGUUGGACCAUAAGUCCUCUUUCAACCCUAAAUUUAAUUAUUCUAAUCCCCACACCACUAGUAAAAAGGGGUAUGUGGGGGUCUCUUCUUAGAACAAUUAUAUACUUUACACAGGAAAAUGGAGUAGAAUCAGUGCAGUAAAAUCCUGGAUUAUACUACUUUGACCUGAAGGUGGAGGGCGUAUUUUGGUAUGCUGCUCCAUACAGAGAAGAAGCACAUAGGAUGCUGUUUUAUACUGAGUGAGGCCACUGGUCCAUAGGUCAGCAUUCUCUACUCUGCGUGGCAGUGGCUCUUCAGCAUUUCAGGCAAGAGAUUUUUCAUUUUAUUUAUUUAUUUUUACACUUAUAUCCUGCUUUUUCCUCAGAGGAGCUCAGAGCAGUGUACAUGGUUAUUUUUAUCCUCACAACAAGCCUGUGAGGUAGGUUAGGCUGAGAGAUACAUGACUGGCCCAGAGUCACCUAGUGAGUCUCAUGGUUGAAUGGGGAUUCAAACAAAGGUCUUCCCAGUCCUAGUCCAACACUCUAACCACUACACUAGGUUUGGCUCUCCAUCCCUUGUCAGGGACUGAACCUGGGACCCUCUGCAUGCAAAAUAGUUCUACCACUGAGCUACAGAACCAUCCCCAGACCUCGCUAUAUGUAGGCCAGUCUGCAGGGUGGGAUUAGUUAAUGUAUAGGUGUGUGAGAAGACCAUGAAGUCUGCUCAUAUUAAUUCCACUCUAUAGUAUGAAUUUAAGCUUUGCCUUGUGAUGGAGCUGGUGGUGCUGAUUGAUGAGGGUAAGAUGUUUCAGAACGGCAGAUCCAGAAAUAUUAGAGGACACCUGUUAUCUGCUUGUCAUCCGGAGGUGCAAGAAAGGCUAUAUAUAUUGUUCUAACAGAGAAAAAUUGAUCUGAGCAAAAUCUAUUACCUGCAUAUACCACUUUUCCAGAGAAUGCAAUAAAUAAGGCCACCUUAGCUUCUGGGAAGAUUUGACAACAGCUCUGGUUACAAAUGCAAAGAGACAUUAAAUGACUGAAUGAGUCUUGACAGAACCCAAUCCACAAGCCAGUGAAACUGCCUACACACUUAUCACAGCCAAGCAAAUUUCCAGCACCCUUGAAUCAUUAACCACUUUCUACACAGUAUGCAAAUUAGAUCUGAAGAGUUCUGUCACACUGCCUUCUACUGAGUUAGAAGAGUAAGUUGUGCCUGUUACAAGACAGUACCCAUUCAACAGAAUGGAUGCGAAUGGCUCAGCAGAAUGCUCAGUGACAACUCAAUCUUUGGAAAAGUAUUACCUUUCCAUCAUGUAUGCAUCUGAGUUCGUAUUAGGCAUCACUGGCAACAGCAUUGUUGUUUUUGGCUACAUCUUCUGUCUCAAAAACUGGAAAAGUGGUAACAUUUACUUGUUCAACUUAACACUGUCGGAUUUUGCAUUCCUAUGCACACUUCCAUGGCUGGUGUCAAGUUAUUCCAAAGGAAAAUGGUCGUAUGACUCCACGUGGUGCCAAGCCAACCGGUUCCUCCUGCAUGCCAACCUAUAUUCAAGCAUCCUUUUCCUUACAUUGAUCAGCAUUGACAGAUACCUGCUCAUGAAAUAUCCUUUCAGAAAUCACUUCCUCCAGAAGAGGAGAACGGCCAUUGUUUUCUCAGUUGCCAUAUGGAUUGUGGUUAUAUUGGAGCUGUCACCCAUGUUCAUCUUCAUUACAUUUCCGAAUACAGACGACUCCCAAAAAUGUAUUGAUUAUGCAAGUUCAGGAGAUGCAGUCCAAAGUCUAAUCUAUAGCAUGAGCUUGACAUUUUUUGGUUUUCUAAUCCCCAUGUGUGUCAUGUGCUUUUUUUACAUGAAGACACUGUCCUUCCUUAAAAGCCGCAACUUGCAGCCCACUGCUACAGUGGCACUUGAGAAACCUCUCACUUUGGUUGUCAUGGCUGUGUGUAUCUUUUCAGUACUCUUUACUCCAUAUCACAUAAUGCGCAAUGUUAGGAUUGCCUCCCGGACACAAUUCUGGAAGCUUACUCAUUGCACGUGUGUCCAAAUCAAUAUUGCAUACCUUGUUACAAGGCCUUUUGCAUUUUUAAACAGUGUAAUUAACCCCAUCUUUUAUUUCCUUAUGGGAGAUCACUUCAGGGAUAUGCUGAUGAGUAAAGUAAGGGAUCUCAUUAAAAGAUUUAUACCUUGCUGCAAAUCAGGCUAAAUGUAGAUCUCUGAAGGAAACCACAGAAAAAAGGAAUAACCUUUGUUGAUGGGGCACAACAUUCUGUCUUUAUUGAGGAUUUGGAUUUCAUCUGUAGAUUUGUAGCAAAGUGCCAUCAAUGCGUGGAUAAGAUCUAACCCUUUCUUUCAUUUCACAUAAUCCUGAUGCUAUUCUGGAUGUCCUGAAUGAGUACUUUGUCAAUAAAGAGCUGGAUGAAGGCUAGUAAGCUGAAACUGUCAACAAAAUGGUGGUUGGUUGAUAGUUUAGAAGUGGUGUUUGACUGGUUUUGGGUGAGGUUGCCCUCCCCUUUAAAGCCUGGUUUCAUAGCUUGUUUUUAGAUUCAGUUCUGAUGAUCAGAGAAAGUCUUUCAUCAACUUUGUUUGGUGCAACUGUUGUAUCAACUACUGGAAAUAAAUUAACAUGCCACAGUUAUCCUUGCUUUGUUGACAUCCAGGCUGGUUUACUACAAUGUAUUACAGGCAAUGCUACCUUUGAAAAAUAUUCAGGGCCAUCAGUGGACACAGAAUAUGGCUGUCAGGUUAACAGAUUUUGAGGUCAUUCACACAAUCAAAAACUGUCUUCUGUCUGGGUUUGGGAGUUAUGUAUGCUCCCAAUUUUUGGUUGUGUGGAAGCAAGGUAAGUGGAAAACCUGGGUAGCUUUUCCUCCUACCCCACACAAUCACUUCUACCCAUGUUUUCCUCCUACCUUGCUUCCACACAACCAAAAAUUGAGAGCACACACAACUCCCUAACCCAGAUAGAAGUUUUUGAUUAUGUGAAUGACCUCUUUAAUUUUUAAAACCCUAUACAGCCUGGGAUCAGCUUAUCCAAACAAUUGCCUUCUCCCUACCCAUCAACUGAGAUCUUCUUCUGAAGCCCAUUCCUGGAUGCCCCACUUCCAAGUUUACAUGGAUGUCUAAUGAAAAGAGGACCUAUUCUGUGAUGGCAUGGCACUCCUGUUCUGGAACUCAAAAUACAUUUGCCUGGUACCAUCAUUUCUACCCAAGUUUGUUCAGUUUUGCCUGAAUUUUAAUAAUGUUUAAGAUCCUUGGUAUGACUACUUUUAUCUUUUUUCAGUAUGAUAUUUUGUUGUUAUUUUAUAUCUUGUAUUGGUUUUGUACGUGGAAAAAUUGGUCAAAAGUUUCUUAAAUAAAUAAGUACUAUUGGUCACUCA